AUGAGUAUAGAUGUUGGUCCAGUCUCUGUCUACUUUCCUUCAGUUUUGGAUACGUACUCUUGGCCUGACUCUCACAGCACAGUGUGUUUGUCCUCGUCUGCCAUUUCUGAUUCACUUGUAUGGGGAUCCCCAUCCGAACCUCGCGUUGAAAUGAAGCCGAAUCGGCCCGAGGAGCACCCGGAAUCUCAGGAGGAGUUUCAGACUCAGUUGGAUCUGUUCCGGAAGCUGGGCUUUUCUGAGGCGCAGGUCCGGGCCGUCCUGCUAAAGCUGGGCCUCAACACAGACACCAAUCGUGUUCUGGGAGAGCUGAUUCAGGCUGGAGUAGAGGGGAUGGAGGAGAGAGUUGAUUCAGGCAUUGCUCCAGGACUUGCUUCUCGUGUCGACCACACCGGGAAAGGUCACGGUGUUUCGUCUUUACCUGCGGAGACAGAGGAGGAGGUGGAGGACGAGGAUGCUAUCAGGCCUAUUGUGAUAGAUGGCAGCAACGUUGCUAUGAGCCACGGCAACAAGGAAGUUUUCUCCUGCCUGGGAAUCCAACUGGCCGUGAAGUAUUUCCUGGACCGAGGGCAUACAGACAUCACCGUGUUCGUGCCCUCGUGGAGGCGGGAGCAGCCGCGCCCAGACGUCCCAAUCACUGAUCAGCACAUACUUCGGGAGCUGGAAAAGAAAAAGAUUCUGGUUUUUACUCCAUCGAGACGCGUGGCAGGAAAGCGGGUGGUAUGCUACGAUGACCGCUUCAUCGUCAAGCUGGCGUACGAGUCGGACGGCAUCAUCGUAUCCAACGAUACCUAUCGGGACCUGCAGGGGGAAAGGCCAGAGUGGAAACGCUUCAUAGAGGAGAGGCUGCUUAUGUACUCGUUUGUCAAUGACAAGUUCAUGCUUCCAGACGAUCCCCUCGGCAGACACGGACCCACUCUGGAAAACUUUCUCCGCAAGACUCCACGAGCUCCUAAAAAGCUGCCGUGCCCAUACGGUAAGAAAUGCACCUAUGGUAUCAAGUGCAAGUUCAGCCACCCAGGACGUGCCAAGCAGUCCCAUCGUUCCUUGGCAGAUGAACUGCGAGAAAAAGCAAAGAUGCCCUCACUUUCACAUGGGCCAUCCUCAACCAGCUCAGGUCCCACUCAUGGCGCCUCUCUUGAGGAGGUAUUGGAGCAAAAACUUAGUCUAGAUCACAUUGGACCACUGAACAAAUCCCACACAAGCGAGAACGUCCCACUGAUAAAGAACAUCCCGCAUUCUGCUUCACCCAAGUCCCCUUCAAAACGUGAUCGACCUGGGCAAUACUUCCAAACAGGUCAGGACUCCAUCCCUUCUUCAUCUCAUGAGUAUCUAGACUCAGGUUUGGGCUCAUAUGAGUCCCACUGUGAGCACAAAUGUAGAGGAAAACCAAGAAAGCCCAAGCAUCACUCAGAUGGAUGGUACAGAUACCCACCAUCCUGCAGCUGCUGCUCUGUACAGUCCAUGAGCUCUAAUCCAGGGUACCAUCACCACAAUGUGGCAAUGGCUUCAUCCCAAACUCCGAAUGUCAUGCUGCACUCUCACCCACAUUAUCACUCAUAUGGAGGAUACCCAGCAGUAAACUUUGGACAAUUUAGCGUACCCUGUAAUUACCACCACACCAGCGUGCCUCCCCCUCACAGUGGUUACUGGUCAGAACCAUACCAAGCUUAUCCCCAUCCUCCUCCAGGACCAGUGCAGGGUGAUACCAACCCCUGGAACCCACCAAUGCGCCCAGAAAGGGAGCAGGUCAGGAAGAAGCUACGUGCUGUUUUUAAUUCCUGUCUUGUAGACAGAGUGAUGGACAUGUUUCCCAACCUGAUGGACGCUCAAAAACUGGCUGCGGAGAUCCUCAACUUGCAGUCGUAUGAGGUGGCACUGUAA